CUCUCCUUUCAGUUUGUAGCGCAUUUGUGUCGUCAUCUCACCUGGGUGUGCCGUAACAAUGGGAUGCUGUACAAAUAUUUAAACAAACAAGUGCAGAAUUGUCUGCCUUUUGAUACUUUGUUCAGGCAGAAGACAAAUAAUCAGAAGAAUCGCCAGUGAGUAUCUCGAGUGCGUACGAAAUGCUCCGGCCUCUACUAACUACGCUGCUUGUGACAACAUUGUGCUCCAUCCUCUCGAGUACCCUCGCUCGUAGGGACUGCGCGGGGUCUCCUAAAGGCUGUAAGCCUGUGAAAGAGAAUGUGGAUGAGUGCGCUUUGGACCCCGGCAUCUGCGGUGAUGAGUUGGCUAUCUGCAGAAACAUGCGCAGAGGUUUCCACUGCGAGUGCCCAGACGGUUACUUACCUUCACCUGGUAUAAACUGGAGAAUCAACUUCACCGUCUGUAAAGAGCUGGACUCGAUAUUACCUGCCAGGAACAAGAACAGAUUGGUCAGAGUGGAUAGGCUAAUGGAGAUGAUCAGAAACAUGACAGAGGACGGUUUACCACUGAAGACUGUCUCCCUACUGCUGGAUGAGUUGGCAGAUGAUGACCGCAGGCGCCCGGUUCGCCACAGACACGCGGUGCUCCUGUCUAAGAGGAAGCUGAUAUCCAAACUGGUGGAGCGAACCUCCACCCGCAGCUCCCUGAACUUCAUCACCAAGAGCACAGAGGGGGAGAUCCUGAGCAUCGGACCAAACGCCUCCCUGACAGGAUUCCCUCAGCUGAGGACCCCAUCUGCUGACGUUUACCUGGAUAUCGACCUGGGAGGCAUCGCCCGGAAGAACAACGGUUCAGCAUCAGUGGCUCUUGUUGGCUACAGCAACAUGCAGGAUGUUCUCGAGGCUGAACUCUUCCACACCGAGGAAAACGGCACGAGAACAAUCAUCUCCAGAGUGGUGUCGGCUACCUUAGAGGACGUCUUUGACGCAGAGCUUUCAAAUUCAGUCAACUUCACCCUCAGGCAUAUCAACGUUUCUUACAGGCGGGGUAAGGUUUAUUGCGUCUACUGGAACGAGAGUGCAUGGAUCGAGGACGGCUGCACUAUGAGCAAAACUAACUACACACACACCGUGUGCACCUGUGUACAUCUCUCCACGUUCUCCCUCAUCAUGCAGACGGACGGCCGAACUCAGGACCCUGCCCUGAGGCUGCUCAACAUCCUCACCACCAUGCUGGGGCUGGUUUUCCUCACUCUGGCUGUGUUGACCUUUGCCCUCCGCCGGAAGAACCCGCAAAUUACCAACACGGCUCGCCUCAACCUCUCAGCCUGCUUGCUGGUUGCUCACGUCCUCUUCCUGGUUGUCCAGAGCAACAACCACAUGCAGGAGGUAUCCUGUGGAGUGCUUUCAGUCUUUGUGCACUUCCUCUACCUGUGCUGCUUCGUCUGGUUGACCAUAGAGGCUGCAUUACUCCUCAUGUCCACUAGGGGCCUUGAGCAGUUCACCCCAGAUACGCAGCAGCUGGCCUCCUGGAAGUACAUGUAUGUGAUUGGCUAUGGGCUACCCCUUGUCAUCGUUGGCGUGUCUGUUGGACUGAAGCCUGAUGGAUAUGGAAGUCAGCAAUGUUGGUUGAGCCGUACAGAUGGUUUUAUCUGGAGUUUCCUUGGCCCUGUGUUUUUCAUCCUUGCUGUGAAUGCUAUACUCCUAAUCACCAUUUUCACCAUCCUCCAACGGUCAGAAUGUCACAUUUCUAAAAUCAGAUACGCCAGAGGCCUGGCGCAGAAAGCCAUGUUCCAGACCUCCAUCCUCGGUCUCCCUUGGCUGCUUGGCCUUCCAGCGCCUAGCAACAGAGGCCUUGAGGUAUUAGUCAUUGUUGUCCACUCCCUGCAGGGAUUCUGCAUCUUCCUGAUCCACUGCGUAUUCAGUGAAGAGGUGAGACACCAGUACAUGACAUGGUGGAAGAAGUUCAGGCCCUCUGGUGAAGUCCAAAUCUGCCAAUGCUUUGCCAAGCAGUGAGGGACAUAUUCACUCAGUU